CCCCUGGUAACCAUGUUAACGAAGCCCCUGGUAACUACGAUAAUGAAGAAGCCCCGAUGACUAUAAUAAUUCUGAAAGUUAUUAUGUCGUUGGUAAACGCAUUCGAAGAUCUUGAAGUAAUUCCCAAUGAAUCAAGUAAUGUACUGGCUGAGCAUGACCAAAACAUUCUUGAAAUGGAUCUUCUAAAAAAUAAAACUAAAGCCGUUGAAAAGGAUGAACAUAAAAGAAAGGGUGUUGAAAAUUUAAAAAAAAAUAAAGAAUUUGUUGAAAAGUUUCUUACAGACAAUACUUUUAACAAUUGCACUUUUAAUUUUUAG